CGCAGAAUUUUUGAAAGUACGUAGUUGUAAUCAUACUUUUCGUUGUAAUUCAUACUCUCUUCAGCACAAAAUUAUACAUAAAAUGGACGGCGCUUACGCAGCAAUGACCUCCUACGCUAUGGAAGAUCAGCUAAAUGUACUACCGGAGAUGCCACCGCAAGCCGUUGAAGAAGAUUUAGAAGACGACUUUGCACAAUAUCAAGAAGGAUAUGACCAAGAUGAUUUACAAGAUUCCGAAAUACAACCAGAUAUUACACAAGAAGAUUGUUGGACGGUCAUAUCAUCGUUUUUUCAUGAUAAAGGACUUGUUCGCCAACAACUCGAUUCGUUUGAUGAAUUUGUGCAAAACACUAUGCAAGAAAUUGUUGAUGAAAAUAAGAAUUUAGUAUUACAAACAUUUUCAGGAAGCCAAACGGGAGAUGGUGACAAAGCAAAAAGAUUUUACAUUCGAUUCGGUCAAGUUUAUCUAUCGAAGCCCACAAUGACCGAAGCAGAUGGUAGCGUCCAAGCGAUGUUUCCACAAGAAGCACGCCUACGAAAUCUAACUUAUGCUGCCCCACUUUAUGUCAAUAUGAAAGAAGAAGCAUUAUAUGCCGAUCCCAGAGCUCCAGAAAACAGGGGAAAACCAACAUUAGCUGAAAUGUUUGAUGAAAAUAAAUUAAAAGAUGAUCCAGAAGAAGAAACUUAUGAUAAAGUUUUUGUUGGAAAGAUUCCUGUUAUGUUGAAAUCGACAUACUGUGUGCUUCAUGGUUUAGACGAUGAACAUCUUUAUGCUCUGAACGAAUGUCCGUAUGAUCAGGGUGGUUAUUUCAUUAUCAAUGGAUCCGAAAAAGUAUUAAUCGCUCAAGAAAGAAUGGCAACAAACACUGUAUAUGUGUUUGCAAAGUCUCCUCCCUCUCCUUAUUCGUACACUGCUGAAAUAAGAAGUGCUAUGGAAAAGGGGUCAAAAUUGGCUAGUUCGUUGACAGUCAAGAUGUUAGCAAAGACAGCUGAGAAAGGGUCGACCGGACAAUUCAUCCAAGCAACAAUGCCUUACAUUAAGAAAGAUGUACCAGUGGUAAUCGCUUUCCGGGCCCUUGGUGCCGUCUCUGAUCAGGAUUUUCUACAAUACGUUUGUUAUGAUCCUAACGAUAAUCAAAUGAUGGAAGCAUUGAAACCGUGUAUCGAAGAAGCGUUUGCGGUUCAAAGUACUGAAGUUGCUGCGGAUUGGAUUGGACGUAGAGGAACAACCACCGGUGCUACAAGAGAUAAACGUAUCAAAUACGCUAAAGAGAUUCUUCAGAAAGAAUUAUUACCUCAUGUUUCAACUGAAUAUGGGUGUGAAAAACGAAAGGCAUUCUUUUUAGGAUAUAUGGUGCACAGACUUUUACUGGCUGCGCUCGGGCGUCGAGAGUUGGACGAUCGUGAUCACUACGGGAAGAAAAGAAUGGAUCUUGCAGGUCCUUUAUUGGCAUCAUUGUUUCGUAUGUUAUUCAAAAAACUCACAAAAGAUAUAUCGAUAUAUUUAAGAAAGUGCAUCGACACAAGUAGAGAAUUUAAUCUCCAUUUGGCGAUUAAAGCACAAACGAUUACCAAUGGCCUUAAAUAUUCUCUUGCGACGGGUAAUUGGGGUGAUCAAAAAAAAGCUAUGCAGUCCCGAGCGGGUGUUUCUCAAGUACUAAAUCGAUACACUUUCGCAUCAACACUAUCUCAUUUGAGAAGAUGUAAUACUCCAAUGGGAAGAGAUGGAAAGAUUGCUAAACCUCGCCAGUUGCACAAUACUCAUUGGGGUAUGGUGUGCCCUGCAGAAACUCCAGAAGGGCAAGCUUGUGGUUUAGUUAAGAACCUUUCUUUGAUGUCAUAUAUUUCAGUUGGAAGUUCUUCAAAACCAAUAGUAGAUUUCUUAGAGGAAUAUGGCAUGAUAAAUUUGAACCAGCAAUUUGAUCCCGCAAAUAUUAGGGAUAAUACAAAGGUUUUUGUAAAUGGUAAAUGGGCGGGUAUUUCCACAGCACCCGAACAAUUAGCUAAUACACUUAGGGGUUUGAGACGAAGUGUUGAUGUGAGCCCCGAAGUUAGUGUUGUUAGGGACAUUCGUGAAAAAGAACUAAGAAUUUAUACUGAUGCUGGAAGGGUGUGCCGACCUUUAUUCAUUGUAGAAGAGCAGUGUUUAGUAAUAAGCAAAGAACUUAUAAAUAAUUUGGAUGUUAAUAAGCUUAAAGGUCGAACAAGUGGGCAGGCGGACGAUGAUGAAUAUCCAGACGAAGACAAUAGACAUGUAGAUGGUGAGGAAAUACAGGGUGAAACUGCUCAAGAACAAAGUCAAAAAAGGCGACAAGAUAGACAAGUUUAUGUAUGGCAUGAUUUAAUUUCCAAUGGCGCUAUUGAGUAUAUAGACGCAGAAGAAGAAGAAACAGUUAUGAUUUGUAUGACCCCUGAAGACUUAGCAGCCUCAAGGCACUUUUAUCAAACUGGUAUUGCACGAACAUCCAAAACACACGAAAAAGACGUGGCAGCUCGUGUUAAAAGUGAAUCGAAUUUAUCAAUACAUACCUGGACACACUGCGAAAUUCAUCCUAGUAUGAUACUAGGAAUUUGUGCUAGUAUUAUUCCUUUCCCUGAUCAUAAUCAGUCGCCACGUAAUACUUAUCAAUCUGCUAUGGGUAAACAAGCAAUGGGCAUUUACGUCACAAAUUAUCAACUAAGAAUGGAUACUUUGGCAAAUAUUUUAUAUUAUCCGCAAAAGCCUUUAGUAACAACACGAGCUAUGGAAUUUUUAAGAUUCCGCGAACUGCCAGCAGGUCAAAAUGCUAUUGUAGCAAUUCUUUGUUAUAGUGGUUAUAAUCAAGAAGAUUCAGUUAUAAUGAAUCAGAGCAGUAUAGAUAGAGGAUUAUUUAGAAGUAUUUUUUAUAGAAGUUAUAUGGAUCAAGAAAAAAAAGUGGAUUCCCACACUCAUAGAGAUGCAUCCACACCAAUGCGAAGUACAGAAAACGGUAUCGUCGAUCAAGUGAUGGUAACGACAAAUGCUGAGGGAAUGAAAUUCGUUAAAGUAAGAGUUCGGAGUACAAGAAUUCCACAGAUGGGUGAUAAAUUCGCUAGUCGACAUGGGCAGAAAGGCACUAUUGGAAUUACUUAUCGGCAAGAAGACAUGCCAUUUACUUCUGAAAGGAUUACGCCAGACCUUAUAAUAAACCCCCAUGCCAUACCGAGUCGUAUGACAAUCGGUCAUUUGGUCGAAUGUUUAUUAGGAAAGGUUUCAACGCUCACUGGCCAAGAAGGCGAUGCCACGCCGUUCACUGAUGUGACGGUUGAAGCUAUUUCACACAGCUUACGACAAAAUGGCUACCAUUCUCGAGGGUUUGAAGUAAUGUAUAAUGGGCAUACAGGACGGAAGUUAGCCGCGCAAGUUUUCUUAGGACCAACAUAUUAUCAACGGUUGAAACAUAUGGUGGAUGAUAAAAUUCAUUCUCGUGCUAGAGGUCCCGUGCAAAUUCUCACACGUCAGCCAGUGGAAGGCCGCAGUCGUGAUGGUGGGUUACGUUUCGGCGAAAUGGAACGUGAUUGUAUGAUUUCUCAUGGUGUAGCCAUGUUUUUGAAGGAACGAUUAUUCGAUGCGUCAGAUGCAUAUCGCAUUCAUUGUUGUGAUAUAUGCGGACUAAUGGCUAUAGCAAACCUUAAGAAGAAUACUUUUGAGUGUAAAGCUUGUAAAAAUACUACACAGAUAUCACAAAUACAUAUUCCAUACGCUUGUAAAUUACUGUUCCAAGAGUUAAUGGCUAUGAAUAUUUCACCUCGAUUAUUUACUUAA